CUGCUGACAAAGCUCUUAUUUGUGUCAAGGUAGCCAUUGAGCCCCUCCGUGCAGAACGGACAUCUGGGACCUCCGAGUGCCACCAUUUGCUGGACCGCUCUCUCGGCUGACCACAUUGUGUGUGGCCUUGUAUAAGGUGACGCCACCGGCUGACUUUUGGCUCUUCUACUUCCCUUCCAGUGCACAGUGGGCCCUCCUGAAGCUCUGUAGGGAUGACCAAUUUUGAUGAUAUCCUUUUGGAGGUCGGGGUAUUUGGGAGGUUUCAGAAGCGCAUCUUCGCCUUGAUCUCCUUGGUGUCCAUACCCUGGGGCUUAAUUUAUGUAGGGGUGGUCUUCCAAGGGUUCACCCCUGAGCACUGGUGCAGAAAUCCCUCAGCACAGGAGUUGCGGCGCACGUGUGGAUGGACUCUGGAGGAGGAGCAGCGGUACACGGUGCCUCUCGUCAAUGCCAGCACUGGCCCAGAGUACAGCAGCUGUUGGAUGUAUGAUGUUGACUGGAACAGCACGGCCGUCAGCUGCGAGGGAGCACCGCUGCUCAACUUCACCAAAGACGCCCCCCUGAUCGGCUGUAAAGAUGGCUGGGUCUAUAAUUAUGAAGAACGAAAAACCUUCGUUAUGGAGUUUAAUCUGGUGUGCUCGGACGCCUGGAAGGUGGAUCUGUCUCAGUCUGUACUCAAUCUUGGUUUCCUGCUGGGUACAAUCGUUAUUGGAUAUCUAGCCGACAGGUUCGGCAGGAAAAUCUGCUUCAUAGUGUCUUCAGUGGUAAACGGGAUUACGGGAAUCCUUGUGGCUUUCUCCCCAACAAACGAAGUGCUGCUCAUUUUGCGUGGGGUUUGCGGAUUGACCAUCAAAGGUGGAUGGAUGGCUGGCUACGUGCUCAUCACUGAACUGGUCGGUGUGGAUCACAGGCGUAUCGUGGGCAUCAUUUACCAGAAGUUCUUUAGUAUUGGAAUCGUCAUCCUACCGCUGAUUGCCUACUUCAUUAGUGACUGGAGGUGGAUACAAGUGGCCAUCAGUGUCCCCUACUUUAUCUUCCUGAUAUACUACUGGUUGAUUCCGGAGUCGCCAAGAUGGCUGUUCUCUCAAAAGCAAACUGGUAGAGCCGUCACUAUUGUUGAAAAACUUGCCAAAGAGAACGGAAGACGUCUCCAUCCCUUAAUUGAGAAACUCACUGAUGAUGAGGCUACUGAAGUUCAGGUGCCAUCGUUUCUCGACUUAUUCAGAACGCCCAAGAUCAGGAGAUGCACAUUCAUCUUGAUGUUCAACUGGUUUGUUUGUGCCGUGGUCUAUCAAGGCUUGAUUAUGCGCGUUGGAAUCCUGGGUGGAAAUAUCUACAUUGACUUCCUGAUUUCUGGUGCUGUGGAGUUUCCAUCUGCCGUGAUAAUUCUUCUCACUAUAGAGAGAGUGGGAAGGCGCCUUCCAUUUGGAAUUGCAACUAUAACGGCAGGCGUCGCCUGCUUGACGGCUGCUUUCAUUCCUGAAGAUUACUACUGGGCUAAAACAGCUGUGGCUUGUAUUGGAAGGCUGGGCAUCACCAUAUCAUUUGAGUUGGUGUGCUUCGUGAACUCAGAACUCUACCCUACCUUCAUAAGGAACCUGGGGGUUGCGGUUUGCUCCACUCUGUGUGACAUUGGGGGAAUGGCUGCACCUUUUAUUCUAUACAGGCUAGCAAGUAUAUGGCUGGAGCUUCCACUGGUGGUUUUUGGUGUACUUUGUGUUACUGCUGGUGCUUUGGACUUUUUGUUGCCAGAAACAAAAGGCAAAAAAUUGCCUGAGACCAUCGAUGACAUUGAACAGCCAACAAAGAUUAAAGACAUUCAUCUUAACAACCUUCACCCAACAUCACCUUUACCUUCAGAUGCUUCACAGAACAAAAAACAGCCAGCGGUGUGAACUGGAAGCCCCAUGAUGAGCCCUACCAAUGCUCAUUAUAGUCUUCUGUUUGAAGACUGCAGCCGCGCUUUUUAAAUUGCAGGCUGCCCUGGUGUGCUAUGGACAAGUAUGAACAGCUAGUGUAGCUGUGUUUGUUACAAGUGUAAAGCAAACCUUACCUCAGUGUUCCUAUUGAGGGUUACUUGGAAAAACAAAACAUUAAUUUUGUAUUAAGAUGUGAACGUUACAGAGAGCAGUUUGAAGUUCAUUCUUCUGCAUAUCACAGACUCCUGAGCUGUUAGUAGUGCAUACAGCCCAUGGUGGCUGGAGGGAAAUGAUUUUUAGUUUUACAGCUAGAAGAGUGAAGGGGAGACUGAGGUGAUGAAUACCACGUUAAUCUGUUUUCUGUGAGUUUAUGUAUGUGAUUCAAAAUGCACUUCAACAUACUACUGAGAGCAGAGCUACAAGAAUAAAGAACAGCAAGCCCAAAACAGCCCAAGUAAGACUUUUCCUAAACAGACUUGUCAAUAAUCACCUUCCUCUUUUGAGAGACAGUAAAAGUCAGUUUAGAAAUCAGAUAUAUUUUAUGACAGAAGAGGCAACCACUUUGACACUUAUAGAAGUGAGUAUCAAGUCAAUACAGAAAUAAUCAUAUUUUGUGAACCACAGUUAAGCACAAAGAAUGUAUAUUAACAUUUUAAAAUUAAAACUUACCACUUCUACAGUGCUUAACUGUUUUCAUCUUGAAAAGGCAAAAGUGUAAAGUAAGCAUUUCUGACAGAUGUUUAUGGACACCAGUGGGGUGUAAAAUAUUUAUCAUUAGGUGGCCAUGCUGUUUCACUUAUUAAUUUUCAGUACAGAAUAGUCCUUUAAAGUCAAAGAAUGUUGUUAGUCCUGUCUCACAAAGCAUUAAAACUGUGUUUCUUGAUGCUCUUAAAAGAGUCUGUUAUGCUUCUUUUUAGCUGAGGUGACCUCAACGCUUAGAAAUUUGUUUGACAUACAUUUUUGAAAUGCAUGUACUGUAAGGGAGCUACAGGUGCAGAAAAGGCUUCCUCCUGGACAUAAGAUGAAGACCUAAGUAGUAAUUACCUUAAAGGCCAGUAAGAGCUUAACUCAUUCAUGAUAACAUGAAACUACACUAGAAUAAUAAGUGUUUACAGUCCAAAACAAUCAUUUCAGUCACAUGUAAAAAUGUUACCUGGUCACUGUUCCAAGCAGAAGUUACAAAUGGCAUAAUUUUUUUCAGUAAAUGUUAAUUUUUGUAUAGAAAAAUUAAAACCUGUAAAUAUAAGAAACAUUUGAAUGUUGAUAAAAUAUACAGGAAGUCAGAUUUUCACAAUGGAGGCCGUUUAACUUGGUAAGUAAGAGUAAAGAUAUAGAUUUUAACACAUAUGGGAAAUCUUAAAACAAAUGAGAAUCCAGGACCACUAUUGUUUUUCUAACACCAUAAAGUGUGUACAGGACGUAGGAAGGAGAAUCUGCAAACUCACAAGAAGAACAGCAGGUCUGCUGAAAAACAAUGGAGGUGCCAAAAUGACAUUGAAAAAAAGUGUAUAAUGUGACAUGAUACAAAAUAAAGGCUUUACUGAACAGACAGAUUAAGUGUCCAUCUGUAUGGCUGCUGUUUGAAGUAAGCACCCUCCAUUAACAUGUCGGCUUCAGGGCUAUUGGCACUCAUUACAGGGCCUGUUCAUUAACAACCUGUGAUAUGUUCAUUUUGGCCUACAGGGUUUCACUGCUCUUUAUCAUUAAAACUGUUGUUAGAGACUUGUGGCAUGCCAGUUUUUUUUGACAAACGUGUUCUACCCAGCGUUGUGGGUCUUUAGAGAAAGUAUAAGGUAAUAACUGAAGAUAGUAACACCAUUACUCUAAAAACACUUGAUUGUUGAUUAAGGAAAAGUAUACUUUCUUAAAUGGAUAGCUAUGUUUUGCUAAACUUAAAAACUCUUAAAGUAAAACAAAAAUGUGGUUCAGGUCCACAAUGAAGACACAGCUAGUGGCCUGCUCAGUUUGGGACUGCACCACACAUCCCACACUUUUCAAAUUUUAUACAGUAUAUAAUACUUUAUAUACAAAAACUAUACAGACCCAUACAUUAUAUUAAAUGUCAAUUUUACAAAACCAGGUUUCGCUUCAGAAACAUUUUAUUUAAAAUUAAAUGGGAAAUGCAAAUAUCAAAAUAACAUAAAUGAAGUAUAACAAAAAUAAAUAAAAGUUAACGUUCUUUAUAAAACAAAAUGCAAAACACUGAUAACAAAAAACAGACGUGUAAACAACUUGCACAAACCAAGCUCUUAAAUAUCUUUUUUGUCAUUUUACCUUUAAUGCUCUUCACCAGGUAAUUCUAAACUUUGCUACAAUCCAGUGGAGCGGACAGUGUUGUCAGUUGAGGCACCUGUGUUCAGUUUGAUGAGCAAAUACGCACAAUAAUUAAGAUUGUACUUGGUUUGGUUUUGAAAUAUAUAUAUAUUAAAUAAAAAAAACAAAAAAAAAAAAAACAAACAAUUUUUUUAAAUUAAAAGUAAAAACAAAGGAGACAGCCCCCAGCAGGCUGAACGUUGACCCAGGAAUGCAAACAUAACCAUUACUGCAUUAGAUAGAUAAGUAAAUGUUUCAGCCCAUUUUUUAAAAUUCCAUCAUUACAAUAAUGGGCACUUAGUGGCAAAAGGUCAUUUUAAACUGAAGACAGACAAAACUGUUUUGGUACCUAUUCAUAGUAUUGCUUGAAUCUCUAAAUAUAUAGUUGCAUUUCUUGUAAUACUUACUAGUCUUUGUUACACAGAAAAGGCCCAUAAACCUUAACAAUUAUAGAAGGCAGUAGUAAGACUAAUAAAGGAAAUGUUUCAAUACAGAACAUAAUUAUUUUUUUUCUUCUUCUACAUGAACAAAUUCCAAUAUGAAGCGUACAUUUUCAAGGAAGGAUAAUGAACAAUAGAGGCAUUUUAAACUCCUCAAAUCUAUUGUACUCUGUGACCAUUAAACUUUGGCAGCUAUUUCUUCCAUUGGUGAUUUUUCAUAAACAAAAUGUUAGUUCACCUGACAUUUUCAGACCAAAUGAAGACUUGUACCUUCUUUUGUAGAGUAUGUUAAAGAAUAUUUGCAGAACAGUAACAUCAUUACACAGUUGACCAGUUUUCAAUCGCCCUGAAACCCUCUAUAACAGCAGGAUCAUCCACCACAUGUACUCUGUUAAUGGGUAAGUAACUCACCAGGGAGAAAACAAGAUUUCUAUUAGCUGUAACAUUACAUUUGUGGCUCCAGGUCUGAUUUUAGUGCAAAUAUUAAAACAGUGGUGAUGGAUUUAGUUGGAAACACUGGUGUGCUUUUUUUCUAUUUAAAUAAAAUACAUAUAAAAAUUAAA